AUCUUUAUUUCCUGUCACAUCGUGUUCCCAGAACACUCUCCUCCCCUCUGCUCUGCACUGGGCCGGAACCAUGUUCUCCGUCGUCGUCGCGGGCCGCCUUCCGCUGCCGCCCCCUCAGCAGGUGGACGAGACGCAUGCGCUGUUCCUCAUCGAGGAUGCCGCCAACAUCAACCACGUCACUGUCUUUAUGACGGGUGCCCAGGCCUUUCCGCCAGGCUAUGCCGCCACGGUCCAUCUCAACUGGCGGGGCGGCGUGGCCGAGGACCGCUGGAUCCUGCUAGGCUGCCUCAAGAACGAGAAGCCAUCGUCCAUCUACCGGCUGCGAGGCCUGACGCAGAGCGCCGGCGCUGGCCCCGCCAACUCGUUUGGCAACGCAUCGCAGUCGAGCGCCGCGCCGCCAACGACGGCUGCGCUGGGUAUCAGCAUCGAGUCGGUCCAGCAGGUCGAUGAGCAGAUGGGCGAGCUCGCAAGGCGAGGCGGACCCAAUGGGAGUAGUGGAGGGACUGGAGCAGGAGCAGGGCCAGCAGGCGCUGAUGCAGGCAUGGACGUCGAGGGGUCCCAGUCCCAGCAGCAGGCCCUCGUCAAGGCUUCGAGCGGUGCAGGGGACCCCGCCAUGCAGAUGCAGAUGGCCCUUGCGCUGGCUCCCAAGAUCGCCUCGAGCGCCUUCUCGUAUCUCUCCUCCUUUGCCCCAGACUCGGCCCCACAGACGGUCCCGCUCCUCAAACGGUGGCUGGAGAACUUUGAGAGAAAGCUCAAGAUGCAGGGCCUCGGAUUUCUUGAAAAGAGCGAGGCAGAGUGAAUGCGGUGCUCUGUCUCUUGCCUUGACGACUGAUCUUCUUUGUAAUCUAGGCGGGCUGCCAUAAAUGUCCAGACACAAGGUAACGAAUGUCACAGCUGAGAUGGGCGAGUCCUUGAGCUUUGU